AUGACAAUAUGAUAUACAAAUCAAUUUAAGCAAAGACGACCUAUUCCACCGGUAACCUACUAACCAUUAUUUUCUUAACUCUCGUUAACGUGUACAUUUACUUAUAUAUAGCACUUAACACAUAAAUUUCAGACACUAGAGACUAAAUCGCCUCUAGAUCAAAUUAUUGAGUUUGACUAGUUAAACCCUAAAAGAAGGUAACGAAAGCAGUUUUUUAUUUUUUUGUAACUUCUUAAUAUUCUUUUCCGGCGAGUAUAUGGACCGAUCAACGCCGGAACUUAACUCCUCCUCCUCCUCCUCCUCGUCUUCGUCCCACAAACGUCUAAGCGUGAGCUUUCUUGUCUCUAUAAUGGUUCUUUGCGCUAGACACGCGAAUCGGCUCUCGAAGAAGCUAAAGCUAAAGCCGAAGAAGCGAACUCGAAGCGGCGGAGAAGGCAUAGGAGAAAGAUUCCGAUGGAAUCUAACAAGCUCGCCGCUGAGGUCUCCUCGGACUAAAGAGUUGUUCACGUCUUUGAGCAACAAGGCGAUGACGAUGAUCGGCCGGAAAAACACGGCGGAGAAAAAUGCGGCGGCGGCAGAGGAGGAGGAGCACGGUCUUUGGCAGAGAGAGAUUUUGAUGGGAGGCAAAUGCGAGCCGUUGGAUUUCUCGGGUGUGAUUUAUUACGACUGCAACAGACGGCUGUUAAAUGAGGUGCCACCGAGAUCACCACGUAGCUUACCCGUUUACCCGACCGGUUCUUAACCCAAGGUCACCGACAAACCCGACGGGAACGAAUGAUUUUUUUAAGUAGCUUCAUAUUAAUAUAAGAGGCUCCAUUAGAUGAUUGAUGUCAUGAUGUGUCGAUUAGGCAGCAUAAACAAAUUAUGUAUAUAUAAGAAUGUUACUGUGUAAUGCAUGAUCCCUAUUAUGUU